UAGCAUUGACGAUUUUGUCAACUGUUACGCGCACGGUAUACGGUAUCUCCCCUUAGCCAGCGCAGCGCAGGCCCGCAAGCUGUCUCCUUAGGGCGCGUUGCCUCGAAUUUUCAGUGUCCCAUGCCUCGGAUUUUCGGAGAAUCUACUCAACCGUUCUGAAUCCCCCCUCUGUUUCCCGCUCAAAACCUGCCAAGGACUUUAAAUUUUCGACCCAUUUCGCUCUUUCAAGUCACUCCGCAAACUUUACCCAGCCUCCAAACCUCCGACCGUUACUGACGGUAGUACCAACUCGUCACGGUCCGUUAGCUAUUAGCUUCUAGCUACUAGCCGCUUCUCCCUCCCUCCCACCGUGCCUUAUGCCGUCGACGGCCGCACUUCACGCACCCGCCGCCUCUCACAGCCUCGCUCCUCCUGCUAGCAUGCAGACGGUGUUUGAGGACGAGGAUAACUGGCUCCUGUCGUACCUCGCGUCAACGUCCGUCGGGAAAGAUCCGCGCCUUAACGCCGCCACCGUUAAGACCGCUUCCGCUUCCGCACCGGCUUCUGCACCGGCUUCCGCACCCGCUUCCGCUUCUGCACCCGCUGCCCCCGCCGAUACCCCUGCUGUCGCUGUUGAUGCCAUUAAGCAGCUAAGUGCGCCCGCUGAUGUCGCGGUACUGAGCGGAAAUUCUCACCCCCCCGCAGCUACCGCUAGCAAUGGUGCGACGGUCGAGCAACCAGACGCGUCCGCCGGCGACACUUCAACCAUAGCCGCACCUGCUGCCGCUACCGACGCACCUGCUGCCGCUACCGACGCACCUGCUGCCGAUGCGAGCUCGCCAUUGGUGACUCUUGCCCAGCAGCAGCAGCAGACUCUACCAUUAAGCGUUAAGCUUCCCCCCACCCAAAGCUCCGCACCCCGAUUCCGCUCGCUCGCACCCGCCGCCGCCGCGGAAACCCAUGCGCACGGGGGAACGAGUGCUUCCGCGCACGCUGAUGCCGCCACAGCGGCAGCGGCAGCGGAGGCCGCCUCCGCCAUCGCCGCCAUCGCCGCCGCCGCCGUCUGUGGCGGCAGCGUUGAGACGAUGAAGUCGCCCCCGGAGAGCUUCAACGAUUGGGUGGCGGGGGGAGGGCGCAAGUAUCGCCGACACUCCGCUGCGGCUUAUUCCCCGUCCGCUGCCCCUGGCGCAGGUUUCAGCGCUGGUGCGGGCGCGGGCGCGGGUGGCGUGCCAGCGUUUCAAGGCGACCUGCUGGGGCAGGGUGUAGUCGCCGUCGCUCCGUCAGCCGCUGCAGCAGUGGGCGGAAGAUUCCCGGCGGCGGCGGCGGCGUCCGCGGGGAGGCGGAGACGGUCGAGCGUGGGGCGCGUGUCGAUGAGCGGACGGCGACAGUCCAUGGACUACUCCGAGCUGGACGCCAUCAGAGAGAGACUCCUCCACGCGGCUCAUCUGUGGGCGGUGGCCAAGCCUGAUGGGGUAUCGGAGGGCACUGAGAGCGAUGAGGAGGAGGACGAGGACGCAGCAGAGAGGAUUGCAACCGUCGAGAUCGACCCUCCCGUCGCUCGAUCUGGACUGCCCGCUGCUGCUGUCGACAAGCUCUCAUGUUCCACAAAGGCUGGUGAAGUGCUGAAGACUGAGGCAGAUAAGGCGCGUGGAGAGAAGGGGGGAGGGGAUGGUGCGAGCAGAGGUGCAGAGGUGGCGGGUGCAAGUGGGUCUCCUGAAAGUGCUGCCAGAAGCGGGCUUGAAUCUCGGCGCAGGGCAGGGGGGAGUGUUGAGAGGAUAGGAGUCAGUUUUAGUGAGGAUGGGAUGGGUGGGAGUGGGAGUGGAAAUGGAAACGGCAAGUGGUCGUCUAGCCAGGCUGCGUUAGCAGAGGCCAGUCGGGACCCUUCCAAAUCGCCGUCAUCGUUCAUAAAAAAAUGGAUCAAGGGGCCCAGUGGGCUGGGGAAAUGAGGGGGCAAGAGAGUAGAGGGGGGGUAUAGAGUCAAGGGAAGGAGGAAGCUGGUGUGGAGGAAAUUUAGGGUGGGAUGUGGGAGGAGAACUUGCAUGGGGUAUGGUAAGAUACUCUAGUCACCUUCAAUUGUUAGUGUUUGGGGAUGUGUCCUCUCCUCUGUCACAUAACUGUAGCUGGGUUGCUAUUUUUGCUUGUGAGUUCUCAAGUUAUUGGAAAAGGCGUUGGCCAAAUUCUUCUUCCUGUCCG